CUCCUAGGUAGGUAUAUUAAUAUAACGACAAUUGUCGUUUCCUUUUUUAUUUGUACUCAGCAAGGGCAUACUCGUUUAUAGUUUGCUCACUAUGGACGAUGAAAAUGGUUCUUCCAAUGUGUUCAACAUUUUUCUUACCAGCAUGGUCCACAUAAUUCAAAAAUGUUUUAAUGAACAACAACAUUAUAAUACAUCUAAUAAGUUUAACACAAGUUGCACUAAAGAAACGCAGUGUGAGAAUACAGCAAUGUUCUGCGAUUUAACAACACUCCGAUGCCAGUGUGCUGUAUUUCACUUUUGGAAUGAAACUGUUGGAAUAUGUCAAUAUACGCAUGAACAUUUGGUCAAGUGGUUAGAUAGUAACCGAACAAAUAAUAACAAUUUUAUAACGAAAAUAGUUCAAGACCCAAUGGUGUCAAGAUAUACUAUACCUUGGCCUGUAACAGCCGUAAUGAUUCUAGGUGGUUUAUGCUUCUUGUUUUGUGCAGCUUACGUCUGUUAUGGUAAAGAUGAAGUAGAUGGUGACAAAAAAAGUUUGUCGGCAGCAUUAUUUAAGCAAAAGGAACAGUCAUGUAGAAUCCAAACGUCUAUUAUGGAGAACUUUUGAUUACAAAGUUAAAGAUGGGUGUAA